AUGUAUGAAAGAGCGAACACUCACGUCAGGUCCGAAGCCGGCGUAACCGACAAGUUCAGUGUGGCUGUGGGCCUGCACCAGGGAUCGGCUUUAAGCCCUUAUCUGUUCCUCCUGGUUAUCGACGCGUUAACCGUGGAGAUCCAGGAGGAAGCACCCUGGUGUAUGCUGUUCGCCGACGACAUUGUUCUUGUUGGGGAAGAUGCGCUUGAGGUCCAGAGCAGACUGGAGAGAUGGCGGGAUAAACUGGAGACAGCCGGACUAAAGAUAAGUAGAGCAAAAACAGAGCAGUUAUUCUGUGACUUUGGGGGCUUAUCAAGUUUUAUCCCGAUUGCCUUAGAUGGCGCUCAUCUCCCAGUUUGCUCCGACUUCCGGUACCUCGGCUCAUUAAUCCAAAGCGACGGCUACAUUGACCGUGACGUGACAAAUAGAAUAAAAGCGGGAUGGAUGAAAUGGCGACAGGUCACAGGAGUAAUAUGCGACCCUCAAAUUCCACUUAAAUUAAAGGGGAAAAUUUACAAGGCCGUCAUGUUGAAAAUGUUUGAUGUGAUAUUCUGUGUCGGCAUAUUCCCGAGUUAG